AUGGGUUCUUGGAUGUGGAGAAAACUAAUCAAAAUGAGAGAUAUAGCAAGGAGUUUCCAUAAAAAAAAGUUGGGUAAUGGAAGAAAUACUUCUUUCCGGUAUGAUAACUGGUCUGAGAAAGGUGUUCUUAUUACCUAUUUGGGGGAGAGAGGCAUUGUGGAUAUGGGAGUUAUAAGAGAAGCUACAGUUGAGGAAUCAAUUAUGGGGAUUCGGAGAAAAAGAAGACAUCGUUCGAUGUUGCUAAAUGAUAUGGAGGAAAUGCUAAAAUCUGUUAAAGAGAAGCUGAGAGCUGAAAAUGAAGAUGUUGAUAUAUGGAGAAGAGAAGCAGGGUAUAAAUCAAAAUUUUCUACUCAGGAAACUUGGAUGAUAAUGAGAAUAGCAGAGGUGAAGUGUAGUUGGUCAAAGAGUAUCUGGUUUUCUCGUGCGACUCCGAAAUUUGCGUUUGUGGCUUGGCUUGCAGUUAAAGACAGGCUCUCAACAAUGGACAGAAUCUCCAAAUGGGAUUGUGGUGUUGAUGAGACUUGUGUUCUGUGUAAAAGUGAAAAGGAGUCUAGAAAUCACCUAUUUUUUGAAUGUGACUAUUCCUCAAAGGUUUGGGAGCAUCUCACUAAAGGGAUUCUGGUCAGUGAUUACACGAAUGACUGGUUGAGAAUCUUGACCAUUAUCUCGUCUGAUCACAUGGAGAGGAAGAAGGUGUUCUGUUUGAGAUAUGCGUUUCAGGCCACAAUACAUGUUAUAUGGAGAGAGAGAAACAAGAGAAGACAUGAUGAGAAGCCUUUGCCGGUUGGAGCAGUGUCGAGGAUGAUAGAUAAGGGCAUUAGAAACAAGCUGAGUAUUUUGCGAUCAGGAGGAGUGAAAGGGUGGGAAAAUGGAAUGAAAUUUUGGUUUAGUACUCCAAAAUUAAAAGUUUGUAUAGAUGAAAAGGCUACUAGUAUGAACUCUAUGAAAAAAGGUCUACACUUGAUGUAA